AUGUCCCCCACACCAAACAUCGACAUCGACAUCACCUCCAUCCCCCUCAGCUACGCAACCUGCUCCCUGGGCUCCCCCAGCACAACCCCGCUAGAAACCAAACUCACCACUCUCCGCUCCGCCUCCUUUACCGGCAUCGAGCUCGCCUUCCCGGACCUCCUCGCCUACGCCAACACCCACAACCCCGGCACCACCCAGAUCCUACCAACCGACUACCCGGCCCUCAUCCACGCGGCAGCCUCAAUCCGCUCACUAUGCGAAUCCCACAACCUGCGGACCAUGAUGCUCCAACCCUUCGCCAACUUCGAGGGAUGGCCUCGCGGUUCCGCAGAACGAGAGGACGCGUUCUCCCGUGCAAAAGGGUGGAGUGAGAUUAUGGAAGCGUUGGGGACGGAUCUAUUACAGAUCGGGUCGACGGAUACUCCGGAGGAGAAGCUAUGUAGAAAGAAUGGUGGUGUGGAUAGGGAGGCAGUGGUGGAGGAUCUGCGUGAGCUGGCUGAUUUGCUGGGGAGGAAAGGACAGCGGAUCGCGUACGAGAACUGGUGUUGGAGUACGCAUGCACCGAAUUGGAAGGAUGUAUGGGAGAUUGUUAGGGAUGUGGGGAGGGAGAAUGUCGGGUUGUGUUUGGAUACGUUUCAGACGGCUGGGGGAGAGUGGGGGGAUCCGACGGCUCCUGAGGGGGUGGUUAGUGGUGGUGAGGAUGAUGUGAGGAAGAGGUAUGAAUAUAGUUUGGAGGAGUUGGCGAGGACGGUUCCUGCCGAGAAGAUCUUCCUCUUGCAGGUGUCGGAUGCGUAUAAGCCACUUACUCCGUUUGAGGAUGAGGUGGUGGAUGGGGCGAGGCCGAGGGCGCGGUGGAGUCAUGAUUUUAGGCCGAUGCCGUAUCAUGGGGGGUAUUUGCCUAUUGAGGAGGUGGGGAGGGCGGUCUUGAGGACGGGGUUUAGGGGGUGGUUUAGUAUGGAGAUUUUUGAUGGGGGGAAAACGGGGGAGGAGGAGAUUGGGGAUGUGGAGGGGUUUGCGAGGGAGGCGAUGGGUAGUAUGAGGAGGUUUUUGGAGAGGUGUGCGGAGGGUCUUUAA